CCCAAAACCAGUGACAUCGGAUAGAUCGUAUGGUUACAUUGCAAAGUUGAAACCGAUGUUUCUUAUUGUGAAAAAAGAAUAACUGAAUGUGCAGAGUAAAGUUAUUAAGCGAAUUUCCUACCAACUUCUCUUUUGUUAUAUCUUAUUUGUCAGCAAUCAUGUCGGACCGAAGUUUUGAAGCCAAUUCGUUUGGAAGUCGACCAAGAACUCGGGGAAUUGCGGCUUACGAAAUGUUUGCACAUGGUGAUAGAGGUCCGAUGAUUGAUUUGCAAUUAGUACGACACAACAGAAUAACUGCAAGAGAAUACAAUCGUAUGUGGGAACACGUUCUGGCGCUGUUCACCUUGCAGGGCAGUCGGCUGACAUCUGAGGCCCUUCGAAUCCUUGUGAAUGCUGAGGACAUACAUGUUAGAGCCAUUCGAGCGGAAUUCAGAAGUUAUAUAUCUCUUUUACAAAACGACGAUGACCGAUAUUCAAUGGAAUUCGAAAGAGAUACCGAAAUAUCUGAGCUUACCAGAGUUAAAGGCAUCGGAGAGGCAGACUUAAUUGCACGCAGAGCAGACAUGCAAUCGCCAUUGAGAGUCGCAACGAAAGUUGUCAACGUCCUGCUAAAAAUGGAAACAACUAGAAGAGCGUUCAGCAGAACAAUACAAGCGUUCGCUCGCAUUCGGCAAUGAGAUCUUGAAAGUCAGAAAGUUCAUAAAGUACGCUUAUGAUUAUUCCAUGUUUGACAAUGCCAUUUUAUACGUUUGUUUAUUAUACCGACUUUUAGGAAAAUUUUUCAUAUAAAAGAAUUCUUAUUCUUAAAGUUGUGAUUAUCUUCCUCAGUAUAAAUACAAAGCAGUUACAGUUAGACCCAGAGGUCUAAUAUUAAAUUGUUAAUAAAUGUAGUUAUUAAAUGCCUAACUAUAACAAAAUGAUGUUGAUAUUGUUUUAAUGUGAAUGAACAAAAACGGUGUGCCAAGUUGCUCAUCUACUUUCUGUGAUGUCAAAUUCUGAAAUCAUUGUUGAUUUCACGUGCUGUUGUAAAAGGCGAAUGAUAACGUCAAUGGCGUAAAAAUGACUGCUGCUGAUCGUACGGUUCUGCUUAACGCAGACAGUUCGUUGGAACUAUACGGCCAAAGUUAUUAUAAAUAAAUCAGAAUUUAUCCAUGACAUGUUAAUAAAACGUUACGUGUAAAGAAGAAAUGUAUUUAAUACGCGGGUUUUCUUAAACAUUGUUGUUCCGGUAUGAAUGUAAGCUAAGAAACGCACCGAUGACGUCCCUUGAGGUAUAGUCAUUUUUUUCCAUAUUUGUCUAAUACAAAUGAAUUACAAACAUAAAAUGCAUGCACUUUAUACAUUUUGCUAUCAUUCAAUAGAAGUGCUUCCAUUUCCUGUUAUUCGAAUUAUACAUGUUAAAUAUUAUAUAUGGUUUACAUGUAUGUUAAAGAACGAUUACAAAACGUCUAUUUGUGCCAUUUUCCCGUAUAAGCACACCUUCGGAAGAAGUAGGGCAUGGGCUAAGGUCAUAGUCAAAUACUGCCGAAGGUGUGCCUAUAGGGACCAAUAACAAUCCAUCAUUAAUAUUUUUUUAUUAUUUGUCAAACCCCGUAUACUGUGAAUAGCUUUUAUUUACAGUUUGCUAAUUUAUUUUGUGGCAAAUUGUUUAUUUACAAUGAUGUACAUUUAACCAAAUGCAAAAUAACAGUGUUAUUUAAAUAUGAUUAUGACAUGUGUUUGUAAUUUAUCUUACAAUUUGGUGUUUAAAUAAUGAUCAUACGUUCCAGAUGAACCCAUAUGUGUUUCUUUCAUAUUAAAUAUGCAAAUUACCAUUGUGAUGUCUUUAUAUAGUUCUUUCUUUAUUUGUAUACUUACUUUUCCUACUUUUUGUUAAUGCAAAAUACCAUUGUAUUGUCAUUUAUAUGGUUAAUUUCUCAUUUUAUACUUCUGCGUGAAGGUGUUAUGUUUGAAUUCCACUAUCGGUUUUUCUAUUAGUUGUUAGUCUGUUUUCCGCACUAUAUGUAAACGUUUGGAGCGAACUUCUUCCACAUUUCUAAAGCGAAUAAAUUAAACGCAACAAUUUUUUUUACCAUGAAUGUAAAUGUGCAAAUAUAUAAAUAUUUAUCAGCAAGAUAUCCCUAGAAUGGAACGUUUUGGUUCCUUUAUAUCAAGUAUUUGAUUGGAAAGUUUAGACAAAGGCAAUCAAUUCGCAACUAAAACACUCAAAUGAAUUAAACAGGGACACCUCAUUGGAACAGUCAAUUUAACGUAUUAUAGUAUUUAAACUGGUUCAUCAUUUAUUUGCCCAAUGCUCCACACAUUCAUGUUUUAUUUGACCUUCAUUGAAGCGUUUGCAGAAAUUUUUAGAAACUUUGACGAUCCACUGACACAUUCCCAAGCGAUUGAAUCGGUCCUUAAAAAUGUCACGAAUAAACUUUACAAAUGUACGCAAUGUUCUAUACAUCUUUUUAUCACAAGUGAUUCACCCAUUCUAAUGCGGGUUUUUUGUCUCGAAUGUAAUAGUUUUAGUUUUUGUAUACUAGAUUUUUUUAUAUAUUUUGUUGUAUAGUUAUGUGUCAUUAAAUCCAUUUUAAAAUUGUGCAUGUUAACUUCAAAAGUGCCUUCUGUCGGUUUCAUUUGGUUUUGAAGUUGAUGCCUAAAUUUUAUGCAGAUAAAUUCAUUGUAAUAAUAUUGUAUAGAAGAUUUGUAUUCGGGGUUUUAUGAACUUGAUUACUGUGUAAGCUCGUCUUUGCAAAGAAAAUGCGAGAUGUUUUUACUCGCCCUGGUGUUGGUGUCCAAGCUAGGUUAAACAUUUUUGGUUUCUACUUUUUAAAGAAAUGGCUCGAUGGAGUCAUUUCUAGAGUGUGUGUGACCGUACGUCAGUUUGUCGGUGGAUGCAAUUUUGUCAAAGGAAAUAUUGCUUCACCUAAAGGAAUGCAAUUAAAAUUGACCAGCAUUGUGUAUAUCAUACGAAGUUGAGCGUGUGUAGUUUGUAUCAUUGUGUGUUAAAAAUGACCCGUAUAAAACAUAGAUUUACAGUGUACUAUUAUCUCAUUAUAAAUAACAUCUUCAAAUCUUCAAUUUCAAACAUGACAUGUUUUGUUUGGUAUAUGACAUCGUAAAGCGGCCCUCUAUAAAGUUUCACUAAAUCAAGAUCCUGAUUGGCAACAGCCAUGGUGAAAUUACGUUUAAAGAGACUUAUAGCAAGAUAACGUAUAAUGAUUACUUCUGAACCGACCUUUUACCAAAGUGAAUUUUAUUGUUACAAUUUGCUACAUGUUUCGACAGUCGCCGACUGGGAUGACAAGCUGUUGUGUUUUAGAUGUACACAUUUAUUGUCACAUAGUAUUUUUCCUCGUAUUUAUAUAUGUUUUUGUUCAAAAUUGUGUUUGUCGAAUUCAUUACCUGGGGAUUUUGUUUGUGUUUGUUCACACUUUUUACA